AUGAACAUCAGUUGGCGGAUGUCUGAAUGCGGUGCUAAAAUAGGCGGAAGUGAUGGAAAAGUCAUAGAAGACCACUCCGUUUCACUCCGUUUCGUUCAACUGUUUAUAGAUUACAGUAGGUUUAUAGGUUACAGGUGUGUUGAACUCCACUCCGUUUCACUCCGUUUCGUUCAACUGUUUAUAGAUUACAGAAGAUUUAUAGGUUACAGAUCGUACUGGAUUUUUUUAAAUUGGUUUAGAUUUAUAGGUUACAGGUGUGUUGAACUCCACUCCGUUUCACUCCGUUUCGUUCAACUGUUUAUAGAUUACAGUAGGUUUAUAGGUUACAGGUGUGUUGAACUCCACUCCGUUUCACUACGUUUCGUUCAACUGUUUAUGGAUUACAGUAGGUUUAUAGGUUACAGGUGUGUUGAACUCCACUCCGUUUCACUCCGUUUCGUUCAACUGUUUAUAGAUUACAGUAGGUUUAUAGGUUACAGGUGUGUUGAACUCCACUCCGUUUCACUCCGUUUCGUUCAACUGUUUAUAGAUUACAGAAGAUUUAUAGGUUACAGAUCGUACUGGAUUUUUUUAAAUUGGUUUAGAUUUAUAAGUUACAGGUGUGUUGAACUCCACUCCGUUUCACUCCGUUUCGUUCAACUGUUUAUAGAUUACAGUAGGUUUAUAGGUUACAGGUGUGUUGAACUCCACUCCGUUUCACUCCGUUUCGUUCAACUGUUUAUAGAUUACAGAAGAUUUAUAGGUUAUAGAUCGUACUGGAUUUUUUUAAAUUGGUUAAGAUUUAUAGGUUACAGGUGUGUUGAACUCCACUCCGUUUCACUCCGUUUCGUUCAACUGUUUAUAGAUUACAGUAGGUUUAUAGGUUACAGGUGUGUUGAACUCCACUCCGUUUCACUCCGUUUCAUUCAACUGUUUAAAGAUUACAGUAGAUUUAUAGGUUACAGAUCGUACUGGAUUUUUUUAAAUUGGUUUAGAUUUAUAGGUUACAGGUGUGUUGAACUCCACUCCGUUUCACUCCGUUUCGUUCAACUGUUUAUAGAUUACAGUAGGUUUAAAGGUUACAGGUGUGUUGAACUCCACUCCGUUUCACUCCGUUUCGUUCAACUGUUUAUAGAUUACAGUAGGUUUAUAGGUUACAGGUGUGUUGAACUCCACUCCGUUUCACUCCGUUUCGUUCAACUGUUUAUAGAUUACAGUAGGUUUAUAGGUUACAGGUGUGUUGAACUUCACUCCGUUUCACUCCGUUUCGUUCAACUGUUUAUAGAUUACAGUAGGUUUAUAGGUUACAGGUGUGUUGAACUUCACUCCGUUUCACUCCGUUUCGUUCAACUGUUUAUAGAUUACAGUAGGUUUAUAGGUUACAGGUGUGUUGAACUCCACUCCGUUUCACUCCGUUUCGUUCAACUGUUUAUAGAUUACAGUAGGUUUAUAGGUUACAGGUGUGUUGAACUCCACUCCGUUUCACUACGUUUCGUUCAACUGUUUAUGGAUUACAGUAGGUUUAUAGGUUACAGGUGUGUUGAACUUCACUCCGUUUCACUCCGUUUCGUUCAACUGUUUAUAGAUUACAGUAGGUUUAUAGGUUACAGGUGUGUUGAACUCCACUUCGUUGCACUUCGUUACGUUCAACUGUUUAUAGAUUACAGUAGGUUUAUAGGUUACAGGUGUGUUGAACUCCACUCCGUUUCACUCCGUUUCGUUCAACUGUUUAUAGAUUACAGUAGGUUUAUAGGUUACAGGUGUGUUGAACUCCACUCCGUUUCACUCCGUUUCGUUCAACUGUUUAUAGAUUACAGUAGGUUUAUAGGUUACAGAUCGUACUGGAUUUCUUUAAAUUGGUUAAGAUUUAUAGGUUACAGGUGUGUUGAACUCCACUCCGUUUCACUCCGUUUCGUUCAACUGUUUAUAGAUUACAGUAGGUUUAUAGGUUACAGGUGUGUUGAACUUCACUCCGUUUCACUCCGUUUCGUUCAACUGUUUAUAGAUUACAGUAGGUUUAUAGGUUACAGAUCGUACUGGAUUUUUUUAAAUUGGUUUAGAUUUAUAGGUUACAGGUGUGUUGAACUCCACUCCGUUUCACUCCGUUUCGUUCAACUGUUUAUGGAUUACAGUAGGUUUAUAGGUUACAGGUGUGUUGAACUUCACUCCGUUUCACUCCGUUUCGUUCAACUGUUUAUAGAUUACAGUAGGUUUAUAGGUUACAGGUGUGUUGAACUCCACUCCGUUUCACUACGUUUCGUUCAACUGUUUAUGGAUUACAGUAGGUUUAUAGGUUACAGGUGUGUUGAACUUCACUCCGUUUCACUCCGUUUCGUUCAACUGUUUAUAGAUUACAGUAGGUUUAUAGGUUACAGGUGUGUUGAACUCCACUUCGUUGCACUUCGUUACGUUCAACUGUUUAUAGAUUACAGUAGGUUUAUAGGUUACAGGUGUGUUGAACUCCACUCCGUUUCACUCCGUUUCGUUCAACUGUUUAUAGAUUACAGUAGGUUUAUAGGUCACAGGUGUGUUGAACUCCACUCCGUUUCACUCCGUUUCGUUCAACUGUUUAUAGAUUACAGAAGAUUUAUAGGUUACAGAUCGUACUGGAUUUUUUUAAAUUGGUUUAGAUUUAUAGGUUACAGGUGUGUUGAACUCCACUCCGUUUCACUCCGUUUCGUUCAACUGUUUAUGAAUUACAGUAGGUUUAUAGGUUAUAGGUGUGUUGAACUCCACUCCGUUUCACUCCGUUUCGUUCAACUGUUUAUAGAUUACAGGUUUAUAGGUUAA